GUGGUCAACACAACAAAUUUGUGAAGAAAAAACAUUGCAAAUUAUAAAAGCCAUAACUUGUUUAUUUGCAGGAAAAUGGAGGAGAUGUGCAGAGUUUGCAUGGUCAAAUCCGGAGCACUCGCAAACAUUUUUGAUGAGACACAAAAAUGGGACACUUGCAUUGCUGACAUGAUAGCCCAGUGUACCGGGUACGUGGUUAGGCGAGGGGAUUCACUGCCAGAAAAAAUAUGCCCGCCUUGCCUAGAGGAUGCUGUAAAUGCCUUCAAUCUUAAAAAAAUCUGUGAGCAGAGCCAUCAACGAUAUUUCUCAAUGCUUGAGGAGGAUAUGGAAUAUAGCUUCUUAAAUAAUCUUGAAUACGAGGACUCGGAAGUUUCAGGUAAAGAGCAGUCAAGAAAUUUUGAAAACGACGAACAAAUUUAUAAAGAUGAUAUGGAUAUGGAUCUUCCAUUCAAAUGUUCUCGUUGUCCGAAAAGCUAUUCGCAUAAAUACAAUCUAAAGCGGCACACAAAAUUGCAUACGAAUGAACGACCCUACCAAUGCUCCCACUGCUCAAAGUCUUUUAUACAAAAAUCACAUCUCAUCCAUCAUACCCGUAUUCACACUGGGGAGCGACCAUUUCAAUGUAAUCACUGUACGAUGACCUUUUCACGAGCCGGAGCCCUUAGCGAUCACAUCCGAUCGCAUACAGGUGAUCAACGCUUCAAUUGCUCUUUCUGUACGAUGUCAUUUAACUACAAACACCAGUUGGAAACACAUUCACGCACUCACACAGGAGAGAGGCCGUAUAAGUGUUCGCACUGCUCUAAAUCCUUUACCCAAGCUGGAACUCUCGGGGUUCACGUCCGUACACAUACCGGCGAAAGAGCCUACAAAUGCUCCGAGUGCUCAAAGUCGUUUAUACAAAAAUACGAACUUAAAUUACAUAUUCGUACGCACACUGGGGAGCGACCGUAUCAGUGCAGUCAAUGUUCAAAGGCGUUUGCACAACAUAACAACCUCCAAGCGCACAUCCGAACUCACUCCGAAGAUCGACCUUUCCAAUGCUCUCACUGCUCCAAAUCAUUUAAGAAAAAAUCUGCCCUCAGUGUGCACACUCGUACACACACUGGAGAACAGCUGUACCAAUGUCCUUACUGCGAAAAGUCCUUUACACGAAGCCACCAUUUUGAACUUCAUACCCGUACUCACACAGGUGAUCGACCCUACUCGUGCUCUCAUUGCUUGAAGUCAUUCAAGCAAAAGCACCAUCUCACCGAACACAUCCUUACCCACACUGAGGAGAAACUCUACACGUGUUCUUACUGCCCAAAGACGUUUAAACAAAACUCUUAUCUUCAAAGACACACCCAAACUCACACAAAAAAGUGUUAAAAUUGGAUAAAUGUUAUUCUUCAUUCUGAUCUUAUAGCUAUUCGUCCUUCUUUUUCUAUUAAACCAUUCUGAGUUUUUAAACUAUCUCAACGAAAUAUGGCAUACACAGUGUUAUAUUUUACGGAUUUCCUAAUAGUUUGGCGGAAUCUGGCGAGUCGGACAUUUCGAUCUAAGAGUACAUACAUAAAAAAGUUGUUCUAUGAAAAACUUCUUUGUUGUUAAAGAUAAUCAGCCCAAAAAUCCUAUUUCUGUAAUUAUA